CCCAGGUUUCAAGCAUGAACAUCUGAGUUUAUAUUUACACUGGAAGCUCUGAUAAUGCGGUAAUGCCAUGAAGAUGGAGGAAGUCUUUAACGCCUCAGACUGUAGCGGCGCGAACGUCUCCGCAAACUGCAGCGACGGCUUCAACAAGUUCGUCCAGCCGCUUUGGCAGAUCGCGCUGUGGGCCGUGGCUUAUUUGGGCAUCGUGCUGGUGUCUGUGGUCGGAAACGUGGCGGUCAUUUGGAUUAUUCUGGCGCAUAAACGCAUGAGGACUGUCACCAAUUACUUUCUGGUGAACCUUGCCUUUGCUGAAGCUGCCAUGUCAGCAUUCAACACAGUGAUCAACUUUGCCUAUGCCGUUCACAAUGAGUGGUACUUUGGAUUGAUUUACUGCCGUUUCCACAACUUCUUCCCCAUUGCCGCCAUAUUUGCAAGCAUUUACUCCAUGACGGCCAUAGCUCUGGACAGAUACAUGGCUAUAAUCCACCCUCUGAAGCAGAGGCUUUCUUCCACUCAGACUCGGAUGGUGAUUGGUGUGAUUUGGGUGCUGGCUCUGCUCCUAGCCUUUCCUCAGUAUCUCUACUCUUCGACAGCAGCGCUGCCCGGACGCACGGUCUGCUUCAUAGACUGGCCAGAAUACAACACUGUUGACUUCAGAAAGAUCUACUAUGUGUGUGUGACGGUGCUGAUCUAUUUCCUGCCUUUGUGCAUUAUGGGAUGGGCGUACAUGACGGUGGCGGUCACACUCUGGGCGAGCGAGAUUCCCGGAGAUUCCUCCGAACACUACGCGGAGCAACUCACGGCCAAGCGCAAGGUGGUGAAGAUGAUGAUCGUGGUUGUGUGCACCUUUGCUGUUUGCUGGCUGCCCUACCAUGUCUACUUCCUGCUGCACCAGUUUUUCCCUGAACUGUUUGAGGAGCGCUACAUCCAGCAGGUCUACCUAACCAUCAUGUGGCUGGCCAUGAGCUCCACUAUGUACAACCCCAUCAUCUACUACUGCCUAAACAGCAGGUUCAGAGCAGGCUUUCAGCAGGUAUUUUGUUGCUGUGCUCCUACUGUCAACAAAGAGGAAUUGUUGGAGCUUAAAUCCCCUCGUUACCUGCAAACCCAGGUCAGCAUAUACCGUGCAAGCCGAAUGGAGACGGUUGUUUCAACUGCAGCAACCGAGGCGACACCUGUUGAUCCGGACUUUCAUUCUCAUGUGGAUGUCACAACGAACGGCUCAGCUUCUGACACUCUGCCCAAAACCUCCCAUGUUUCCACAAACCGGGACAACGCGUGGAGAUGUUCCAAUUUGUCACAGGAGAAAGCCGGUACUUAGAGACCAGUGUAAAAUACAUGGCUGUAAUAUGUUCAUCCCUGAUUAAUGACCUGAAACAAUAUGGCUGUGUAUGAGACCUGAGAGAUAUUGUAUACACGCAUCUGCUGUGUCAUUCAUCAUUAAUCAACUCCACAGCUUAGCGUCUUUAUCCCUUUUGUUCGUGAGCCGAGAGGGACCCUUAUUAUUUGCUUGGCAACUGUAUAAAGUCAACUUGUUUAAAGACGGGGUUGGUGUAUUGCCUACAGACUGCCCACGGGUACAGAGCCAGCACCUGUUGGACAAGAUUAGCCCCUUGUUUUGACAAUGUGUGGAACAGGGUUCAGUUUGCAGCAGCCAGGUCACAGGCUCAGCUAAAUAUAGAGGUUCACAGAUGGGAAAAGGGACAUAGCAUGACAGAGACUUUGGUGAAACAAUGAAUGUAAAGGGGAGAAGUUGCAUCUGUUAGGACCAGGGUUAUUAAAGUUUAAUGCUACAGACAUAGAAGGAAAUGUCAGCGUUACAGGUUAACAGAUGCAAAUGUUUGUAUUUUGUGUUUGUAUCCAGCCUUUUGAUUGACUGCUGAUCUAUUUAGAGUCUAUCCAAUCUCUUGCCAAGGAUAUUUUAAAUUGGCCCAGUGGCAGAGCAUGUGAACGGAGCGGAGCGUGGAGUGAGCGAUGGUGCGGAGCGGAACGAAAUAUGGUGGAGCGCAGAGCCAUUUUCAAUUCACAUGCCGGAGCAAGGAUUUCACUCUGCUACAGUUCGCUCCGAUGAGCUCACGUCAAUUAAAAAUAUUGGAUUAUAUCAUUUGCAAAAUAACAUUUAGUUGAUUUAAGUGUGACUUUUUUCAACAUGUUUUUUGAAUUGUUAAACACUUGCAGGCCAACCGUUUUUAAUCCUUAAAAAAUGUGUGUUGCACAAGCCGUGCAAUUGUGUGAUAAAAACUGGGAAAAAAUAUCAUAAAAACAUACUCUAAUUAUACUUAACAAUACAGAGUGAGUUUACAUAAAGUGAUUGUUGUGGUAAGAGCCUGUUUUUGAAAAUGGAUCACAUACAUGCAUUAUACGCUAUUAUCUCAUUUCCAAUGUGAUGCAAAGUGACCCUUUUUAAUGUAAUCUAGUAAAAUAAAUUAAAAAUUAAAUAGGAAACGCGGGGCAACAUGAAUGGAGCGAGGUGUUACGUUCACAGCUGGGAUAACAGUGCGAUCAUUUAAUAGCAAGUUAAAUAAGACAAUACACAUGUAUUGGUCACAUCAUUAAUCCCAGGAGCCCUGGCAUAAUUACAUAAAGGAAAAAUGUCAGACAUUGACGUCUCUUUAAAAUUUGAGGGAGUGGGGAGCGAUUUCGCCGGAGCGGCGAGAAAGGUUAAGGUGAGCGUGGAGUGGAUUUUGAGCGGAGCGCCCUGCAGCAAAUUUGAGCAGUGAGCGAAUGAGCGAACAUUGUCCUGAGCAGGGACCAGGAAUUGCGAGGUGCUCCCUCCGUUCACAUGCUCUGUCCAGUGCAGUCUUAAACGGUGCAAUCACUGCACUUAUAUCCUUAAAAUUUCACAAUCAGAUUAAAAUGGGUUCAGAUUGAAAGGCAAAUAUAAUUUGACCUAGUUUUCACAAUACGACAGUGGCGGCUGCUGCCCUCUGGAACAGUGGAGGCUCAAAGGUGUUAAUUUAAUCCAAACCUCACUUAUGGCAUUAAAGGAAUAGUACACCCAAAACAUGAUUAGCCUUCAUUUUCUAC